CUUUGCUGCCAUCGGAUGACAAGUUGACAACUUCUACAGCCCUAACCUAACCACCGCUGAUAAUGCUCUCCUCAUCAACCAGGAUCUUCCGCUUCGGUGGUCUUGUUGCUAUCACAUGGUCCCAUAGCCUCUCUAAUGGAUUAAAGCAGCCAAUUCGACCCGAAGCUCGGGGCAUAUGAACACUCCUGCACAAACAACUCUUGUAUAAAGAACCGACCUUGGGUCUUCAAUCUCCCUUUCCAGAUAACGGCUCAGCCCUCUCUUCGCUAUGAACACUGCGAUAAUCCUUGUGACCCUACUGACGGCUCUAGCUGUCUGUCAGGAUCACGAUUACUGGGUUGACCGAGUCUGGGGGGAGCUGCAGCAGGCUGUGACGUGUGCAACCUGCGAGAUCCUGUUAGGCACAUUGAGGGCCGUGGCGCAUCAGGGCCCGGAUGUUCUGAGAGCAGUCUUGAAGGAGCUGUGCACGCAGGCCAAGAUUGCCGAUGCCGAUGUGUGCCAGGGCACCGCGGCCGCCCAAGCGCCCAGCGUCUUUUACAUCCUCGAACAGCUGCAGAUUGGAUCGGUGACCAGUCGGUUGAUGUGCGCCAGCUUGGGUCGCUUGUGUCCGUGGUCUGAGAUCGAGUUCAAUUUGACUCUGCCACCCGAGCCGUCGAGCCAGCCCAUCACGAGGAGCGUCAACGAUAAUACAAGGGAUGGCGAAAAUCGAACCGUCCGCGUGGUCCAUCUCAGCGACACGCACGUUGACCGCUUCUACACGGCGGGAGCCAGCUAUGCCUGCUCGAAACCCAUGUGCUGCCGGCCUUGUACAGCGGCCGAUGCGCCCAACAGCACGCUCUUCCCCUGCGGUGACUGGGGCAAUCCCCGGUGCGAUCCUCCCAUUCGCCUCCUGAUUGACAGUCUAUUACCCGUCCUGCAGGGCCUUCAGCCUCCGCUGGCCUUCACGUUAUUCACCGGAGACGUCGUCCCCCACGAUUUCUGGCUCACCAGUCGAGCCUCCGUCGAAGCCGACUACAACACCACGUAUACCGCCCUGCAGCCCCUCACCCGCCAGGGACCCGUCUAUCUCGCCAUCGGCAACCACGACACCUCUCCGAUCAACAUCUACCCAGUCUCUCCCACGCCAUCCUCGAAUCUGACGCCGCAAUGGGCCUACGACCUCUUCGCCUACUGCCUCCUCUACUACCGCAUCAACAUUCUCAGCUACACGACCCCCCCAACCCCGGACCCCCUCUCCCAAUUCGCAUGGCUCACCACCGAGCUCCACCAGGCCGAACGCCACCACCAGCGCGUCUGGCUCCUCACGCACGUGCCCCCGGGCAACUCCCACAUGCUGCCUUGCUACGCCCACGCCCUGAAACGGAUCAUCGAGCGCUUCCGCGCCACCAUCGCCGCCAUCUUCUCCGGACACCGUCAUCUGGAUCUCUUCCAGGUGUACUACCGUCCCCUUAGCCCCAACAAUGCCUCAACCAUGCGCAGCAGUCGAAUGAUCCACAAUACCAGCCGCAAAGCCGUAGCCAUCAACUACAUCACCCCCAGCCUCACGUCCGAGCGCGGCCGCCCGGCCUUCCGGAUCUACGACGUCGAUCCCGCUACCUGGGCGGUGGUGGAUUAUACGGUCUACGUGGCGGACUACGAACCCUGGGGGGCCGGGGCUGCCUCGUCUGCCGGACUGUCCCAUGGACACGCUGCUGAUGGACAUCACCACCCAGCCCAUGGGGCCGCAAAGCUGACGUGGAAGAAGUACUACUCGGCGCGCGAGGCCUACGGGACGCGCACGGAGGAGGACGGGAAUGAGACGCUGUUCGAGGAGUGGUGGGCGCGACGCACGCGGGGCAGCUGGGUGACGCCGUGUCGCGGGGUAUGUCGGCGGCGGGAAAUCUGCUACAUGAGGGGUGGGCCGGACGACGGCGAGGGCGAGGGCUGGGAGGGCUGUCCGGGGAGUGUUCUCACCACGCGCGGUCGGCACGGGCAUGGCGUUGCCUGA